AUGCAUAAUUUAUUCCUGGGAACACCGAAAAGAUUGAUGGAUCGUUGGAUCAAAGACGAAGACAUCCAAGAUGGCGAUUUUGCGGCGAUGCAGAAGACUGCAGAAACGAUGAUUGUACCUGAUGGAUACACCUCGUUGAACUCGAAAAUAAGAAAGCAAUUUUCGUAUAUGAAGGCAGACGAAUUCGAAAACUGGAUUAACUUUGUCGAUGCAUGCCGCCUGUUGAUCAAGCCAACGAUCACGUCCGAUGAAGUCAACACUGCCCAUCAGUUUCUUCAAACUUUUUGCACCAGAUGUGACGAGCUGUACAACGCCGAAAUCCUCACCUGUAAUAUGCACCUACACCUCCAUCUUCGUGAUACAAUUCGUGAUUUUGGACCAGUGUACGGUUAUUGGCUAUUCGGGUUUGAGCGAUUAAACCGGUUGUUAAAAAAUUUGAAGACAAACAGGAAGAUCGGGUUUGAAGAAACAUUUAUGAAGAAAUUCAUUGAAGGUGUACGCAAAGACGAUCUUGUCAAUAGUCUCCCCCAGAGUACCCGUCAGACAUCCGCAUUUCCUCUCCUUACCAAACUCACUUCUUCCUUUACACCCGCCGCCAUUCCAUCCAUCCAUCAACGUACCUUCUGCAUACAGUCAUUUGUCGAGGCUUCUGAAGAUCCAAAUGUACUUAUAAAAGACAACGAACCUCUCCCUCCUUCCGCAUUCCCUCUAUCAUUAAAAUCCGCUACCACAAUGAGUGACAUUCACUAUGCUCAUCUCUUACAAUACUACAAAGUUGCGUACAACAACGAACAAUUAGUUCACUUUCAACAAGCGUCAGAAUCACCACACUUUGUCGACAAUACAAUCACACUGUUGAAAUACGUCAACAUCCUUGGGCAGGUCUACAAGAUUAAAGGUGAAUCUGGAAGUCGUGGCUCUCUUGUGCAAGCAAAGUUCAUUGGAAGUACUGGUGAGCAUAUCAUCACAUACACGGGUCAAAUACAGUACAUUUUCACCCAUUCUUUCACUCCUCCACCCUCCUCUUCAUCCCUUGCCCCUUUGCUCCGCACCCAUCGCCGCCCAACUCAACUCCUUCACAAUUCUCAACAUACUUUUGCAUUUAUCAAAUGGUACACACCCGAAAACGAUAAAUCGCGAGAGUACAAACACGUUGAAACCUGCUUUCCAACAUUUUCUCCUGACUAUUUCCAAUGUGUAUUGCCAGUGCAUAGAAUUAUGUUAGAAGUAGCAACUGCUGAGCACACAACACGCAAAAAAGUAAAAAAGAUGCUGGUCAUUCCUUUGCCAAAAAAACAAUACAUUUAA